AUACCAUUUAAUUUAAUUUUAUUUGUCACAAGUCAAAAGCGUAUUAUUUUGAAGCUUUAAUAUAAUUGGCUCGAAAUAUUAGCUUUCGAUUUAGCUUUAAACUGGCUUAACAUUUUGGUUUUACAUACAUCUGUAUGGAAGUCCAAAAGUAACAAAAUUAAAUAAAAAUUAAGUAAUAAUAAAGUACUAUUUAAAUGUGCCCUUCACCUACCCAUAGGGUGGCUAUCUCCAGCGGCCAUUGGGCCACCAGAGGCAGGGUACAGAGUGGACACACACACACACACACACACACUGACACAAACUCUCUCUCCUGAUGACAAUCCAGAGUUACCAAUGAAUCUAAAAGUCAUAUGUUUGGAUUAAAGGAGGAAGUCAGAGUACCAGUACAGAUCCCAUGACAUGCACAAGGAGAACAUACAAGCUCAAUGCAGAAAAACCCCAGUGUGAGUAAUUUAGAAAACGUCUUAAUUAGUUUCUGUAAUGCAAAUAUGUUAUAUUUUUCAUUUAGCAUGACAAAACGCCCCGCUUCAGCCACUGUCUUACCUCAAGCUCCUGUUGUCUCUUUAGAGAUGUUAGAAACUGUUUAUUAUGCUUGAUUAAACAAUUUACACAUGCAAAACUUUGCACCGCUACGAUUUUAUCUACCUUUAUGUGUUACUCAAAUAGAACCACUGAAAUCUCAACUCACUGUAAUAUUAAGAAGAAAACAGGAGGGAUCAUUAAACGGUUGUUCCGGUUUUUAAUGCUUUGCUUCCAUUGUUUUCGGUUUAAGUUAAUGUAAAGCAUUGCGUCUGGUUUGUUUUGCCAAUAAUCUUGUCGUAUUUAUCUGAAAAAAGAAAUAAAAUGUUUACUAUCAUUGUUAUUAUAAUUAGUGGGACAUUGUGGCACUGUAUAUUUCAAAGUCUACAACUGACUGAAAUCCGCAGGUUGCUGUCCGUGGUGCUGAAGCCUCUCCAAACACACACCUACAUUAAAGACAGCCUUUCACUGGAGGUUGCUUUGCGCAUGCGAUGAAGUAAUGCGGGGCCACUUGUUUAAACAGAUGGCCACAUCAAGAGCAGGUAGGCUGCAUACGCAUUUUUAUACAUACGCUGAAAACCGCUCAAACCGCACUUGCAGGCUUUAUUUUCCUGCCUGCCUGCCCGCCUCCGCUGCUUUGGUUGAACGCAACAGGCUGCAGCACCGAUGUGAUGUCUGUACGCUGAAAAGCCGCACCACCUGUAACUGCAGCCUCCCCACCUCUCCUUCAUCCUCCGGACUCCCCAUGCCGACACCGAGGAUGAAGAAGCAGAACGUCCGGACCCUCUCGCUCAUCCUCUGCAUGUUCUCCUACCUGCUGGUCGGCGCCGCGGUGUUUGACGCGCUGGAGUCCGAGUCGGAGAACUCCCGCAGGCGCAUCUUGGAGCAGAAGCGCAGUGAGAUGAAGAGGAAGUACCGCUUCUCCGAGGACGAUUACCGCGAAAUCGAGCGAGUGGUGCUGCAAGCGGAGCCCCACCGCGCCGGGAGGCAGUGGAAAUUUGCUGGCUCCUUUUAUUUUGCCAUUACUGUCAUCACGACCAUAGGGUAUGGACACGCUGCACCAGGAACAGAUGCAGGAAAAGUCUUCUGCAUGUUCUACGCUGUUCUUGGCAUUCCUCUCACUCUUGUGAUGUUCCAGAGCCUCGGAGAGAGAAUGAACACGUUUGUCCGCUACCUCCUCCACAAAAUGAAGCAGUGUCUGGGUUUCAGACGCACCGAGGUGUCCAUGGAGAACAUGGUCCUGGUGGGCUUCCUGUCCUGCAUUGGAACACUGUGUGUGGGAGCCGCAGCCUUUUCCCACUUUGAGGGAUGGAGCUUUUUCCAUGCAUACUACUACUGCUUCAUUACUCUCACCACUAUUGGCUUUGGGGACUUUGUGGCCCUGCAGAAGAAGGAGGACCUCCAGGAGAAAACGCCUUAUGUCGCCUUCAGCUUCAUGUACAUAUUGGUGGGGCUGACGGUAAUCGGAGCUUUUCUCAAUUUGGUGGUCCUGCGUUUCCUCACCAUGAACACCGAGGAUGAAAGACGGGAUGCUCAGGAGAGAGCUUCGCUCAAGAGGGACAAGGGUCUUUUAGAGGGGUCCACCGGCCUCCGCAUUGUAGGUGAACAGAGGGAGAGGACCAGCAGGGACAGCAUGGUGCACGGCCGCAGCCACAGCACACUCUUCCUCCCCAUGCAAGAGGGAACCAGUCGCACCAACCUCAUCCCUUCCCCAGCUGAGGACACAGAGAGGCAGGAACGUCCCUGCAGGCACAGGCUGCAUUUUCGGAUCAAGCCAGGAAGACGGAGGGAGGAGACGAGCGUCAGCUCCCUCUGCUCCUCCUGUGUGUGUUACCGCUCAGAGGUUUGUGACGACCCUGUGGUGAACCACAGCAAACACCACAGAGGCCACGUUAACUCAGUUUACUACAACUCAGUCUCCUAUAGGAUCGAGGGCUGCUCGUCGAGAUCCAAGGACAAUACUGGACUCUCCUCCCCUGGAAGCACACUGUCGCCUGAGCACAGCUUCCAGGAGUUCAGUAGUUUAAGGAGGAAGUCGGUGUAAAGGGCAUUAUUGUAAGGGGGGAAAGUUUGCAACGACAGUAAGCUGUAUUUAGCUGUAUUUAUUUGUUAGAUUUUUUUUGCGCAUGACAGAAUUCUGUUUGUUGAAUAAACUGUCUCUUGUAGCUACUGAAGCUGAUUUUAUUCAUAAAGCAAGAAUGUCUUUGCUCCUUGUUACUGUAUAAAUAUAUAUAUGUUGUGGGUUCUGCUGUUUUGCUUGCAUGUAGCAAUGCAUGCUAAGGAGAAUGUAAAGCACUCUAUGUGAAUGCAGGAGAGCUACAUUUAAAGGUUUUUUUGUGCCACGUUUAACACAGAGAUGAAGACUCAAAUCUUUGACUUAAAGACUUUACAUUCUUUGCAAUAACUGAGGAAUCUGUCGGUUUAUUCAAAGAACAAAUUUAGACCAAAUCAGAACAUUUCAAACUUCACAGCAAAGUCAAGAGCAGAACUCUGUUCUUAAGUGAAAUGUUGACAAAACAAAAACAAAACACAACAUUUCCACUUUUUCCUGGUUGUCACUAAUGACAACCAGCUCAAAUUUCUGAUAAAAAAAUUAAUUAUUUCCACACAAUGUGUUGAGAACAAGCUGCAAAAACUCAACCAUGUCAUCCUUUCCUCACAGCUCCAGAAGCAAGAACAAAUUUCUUGGUUUAUGCAGAAUAUGUAACGAUGACUUCAGACUCGACUUACACUCUAAGUUUGAGACUCGAGUCUCAUGUAAUGCAGGUGAACAGUUCACCUGUAGCUCAUUUUAGUAGGUAACCAAUAAGGCUACCUAGUAAAGUUUCAAGUUGGUCUGUUUUGGUUUCAUGCUAAAACUGAUCACCAUUUAGUUCAGUAAGUAAGAUGAUAGCAGAGCUCUGAUGCAACAGGGUUGCGUUCGAUUAAUUAAUCAGGGAUGCUUGCAGACUACAGACCAUUAAUGGCUCAUAGCUACCGGUUCAUAUCUAAUGUAGCAUCAUAGUAAUGACUAUAUGGAUGUCUCUCAUUUUGAGUUGUGACUGGGUUAUUUGAGGACACACUCAAUUUACAUCCAACGUCUUUUUAGAUUGGUAACAGCAUUAAAAUAAAAAGUAGGGGUGGGCAGUUUUAUCACAAUAUUUUGUACAACUGUGAUUUUUUUUUUAUCAAUAAAAAUGACAAUAAGAACUAUUACUUCAGUUUAACUUAAUAGCUGUGACUGCAUGACAGAGCAAUUGUAGCUCCACAAACACAAAUACUGCUCUUGAAGAACGCUGGUCACAUAAAGGUCACGGUAACUGGUUUAACCAUAUUAUCAAUUUGAUUAUUGUUUAUUGAUCUGGACAAUAAGGACAGUUUGGGUUCUUAAGCAUCAAUAAUUCUAAUUUAUCAUGACAGCGAUAAAUCAAAAUCCUUAUCAUGAAAAGAAAUUCAUCAGGAGAAUGAUAAAUGAUACGAUAAAUUCCCACCUCUAUUGAAAAGAUUUGCACUGUCCUGUUCUUAUUGAAAACACUUCCUUACUGAUCGAAUCAAAAACUAGUUGUAAUCUAUCUUUCAUUGAGCAAUUUCAUAUUUUAAUUGGGAAGACAUUUUGUGUCUCACAAUUAAGGCUCAUAAUAAUGAGUUAUAUCCAUAACAGUAACUCUGUGGUUUCCCCCAUGCAUCCAGUGUGAGAACGUUCAGAGUACUUAGAGACUCAUGACUUGACUUGAACUUGGAAAAAAUGACUUGUGGACAUCUUUUUAGUAAAAGGUUUAAUAAAAGGAAUGGGUAUUUUGCUUACCAAUGAAGAGACUUACAAACCCCCCGGAGGGCUCUUGCUUAAAGAUAAGUCUUAAAUUUUCCUGCCAUAGAAAGAUGAUGUCAUAAUUCUAGUUUUAUAUUUAAAAAGCCUUAAAGAAGUUUGACCAAGCACAUCAGAUAAGUGACUAUUUUACACAAUGAGAAUAAUACGAUAUUUUAUUACCUGACAUUGGAGUGAGGCGGUGAACACUCCGAUGAAUAAAAAACUUCAUGUUAGUAGUUGAACUAAAAUGGAUGUAGCUUGUAACAUAUAUGUAGCAGGUUAUUAAGGUCUGCAGAGGUUUUUAUCUUCCCACGACUGAAGGUGUUAUUGUAGUCCUGACUGAAGUUAUUCUCUUCCAGUAUUGUUUGACUAAACCAAAUGAGCGUACCGUUGAAUGUGGUUUGUUAUUUAGCCUCUUUCUUAUUGUACGUUGUUAUAUGAUUUUUAUUUAAAUUUUUUUUUGAAGAUUCUGUAUUCAUUUGUCUUCCCUUCAAAUGUGUGUUUUUACUUUCAGAGAAUAAAACC